AUGUCGACAAUGAGAUAUCUCUUGGUUACGGCAUGGCUCGCGAGUCGCUCGACUCCAAGCAGAGCAUCCUUGCUCAACGCGGACGAGGGUAUCGACAGCACCAUUAACGAUGAAGAUGAACGACUUGGCAAGGGGAAGGGCAAGGGAAAAGGGAAAGGGAAAGGAAAGGGUAAAAACAGAGACCAAGGUCCGUCUGUAAACCCAGAGCUGGAGCUUGCACCCGGCGCCAACACCGAAGCCUUGCCCGCCGUACUUGGACCGGGCCGAGUUGACGCACCUACCGACGGAGCCAUCAACAACGGCUUGGAAGAAGCCAGAGGUGGCGGGGGAACAGAAGGCGUGACAGCUGAGGAACCACCACCACCUCCCCCGCCGCCAGAGGAGCCCCCUCAGCAAGAGCCUCCUCCGCCUCCUCCACCUCCUGAGGAGCCGCCGCCGCCGCCUCCUCCACCACCACCCCCUCCUCCGCAGACCACUCCCCAGGCGCCCCCUCCGACAACUUCUUCACAGAUCAGACCAUCUCCGACGACGUCUCUACUUGUUCCUCUCAACACCCGUUUUCUCUGUGCCGAGUUUCCCUCAGCCGAGUUCACCACCGUCAAGGCCGCCACCGCAGAGUUCAUCAACUCCUACCUUCGUUCCUCCGCAAAGUUCAUCCACGUCUAUCGUUGUACUGCCGCCGCCGCCGCCGCCGCCUUCGCCUCCCACGACAAAUCCACCUGUCCAGACAUUGCCGCCUGCUCAACCAACUGA